AAAAUCGAGGCUUUUGAUUCAAAUCAGCUUGUUUGAAUGAAUGAUUUUGGAAGUUCUGGUCUAUGUUAUGGGUAAUACAUUGUUGUGAACACUUUCUCCUCGUAUAUGUCUCAUCUCUCAUGGUGUAGUGAGAUUUCAAAAUGAAAUGAAAUUCCUAGAGUACUUCAUUACAAUGAGGAGCCUAGCUUAAGGACUGUUAAUGUAAAACGAAAUGUAAUUUGUAGACGGUCCCUUAACUCUUAAGGGUCCCUAUAGAAAGCAACGGAUGUUUAAAAAAAAAAAAAGUAUCAAUUACUGGACAAAAAUAAGAAGUUGUAGCUGAUUGUCUUGGUUGUGAAUAACAAUAAUUCAUACAUGUUCACCUUUAUGCAGCAGUUGCUCAAAAGCUGUUAUAAAGAGUUAAUUUAUGGCUUUUUUUUUUUUAAAGGAAAAUAUAAAAGUGUAAAUCACCUUUACGUCACGUGACACCAUUACUGUAAUAUAUCAUAAAUCAUAUUAUCCUGAAUUCUGUUGCUUUCCAGACUGUUUGUCUCAAUUUAAGGGGAAAACAAGACCAUAUUGGAAUGAAUUUAUUUAGAUUUAUUGUGUGUUAUGCACUUUACCAACACAUGAUGAGCUUUCCAGUAGAAACCAUUCAAAAUAAAUAAAUAAAUAAUAGAAAUGGAGACAUUCUGCUGCUUCUGUUUCUUCAGCUGGAGAAAACAACAAGCAGGAUUCAUUAGACUGAUGGAAAUGUCAAUGUCACAUUCAAUUAUUAUUAUUAUUAUUAUGUAAAAAAAUUAUCUAUUUAUGUAGCCUAUUUUUACAAGUUAAAAAAUCUAAUUACACUUUUUUUUUUUGUAUUUUUGUUAAGAUGUUACUGUUUGACAGAUUGAAAGUAAUAUGCUUCCAGUUGUGCAAUUUAUUCCAAAACUUCCACACAGGGAACCUAAAGCUGAGUUUAUGCUGAAGGGGUUCAGCUGAUGAAAAUAUUUGGGAAACCUGGAGAUAAAUAAAGGAUUAAGGUAAGUGCGCGCGCGUGCACGCGGGGAGGGAAGGACGUUUUCGACACCGGAAAUAACUGCGUGCGUCCAGAAGCGCGACUGUAAAUCAGGUUUAGUGCACACUAGCUAGUGCAUGAGUGUGUUUAGUGUGCGAGUUUGGUCCUAAAGGUCAGACAACCCACACACACACACACACACACACACACACACACACACACACACACACACACACGCCCUCCUCCGGCGCGGUCACGUGGGCUGCGACAGCACCAGUUUCGCUUACUGACGGCUGGUCAUCGGACGCCUCGCGCUGUUUACUUGGAAAGUUAAGGCGUAAACUGAACGCGUCAGAAUGAAGCAGGGAUAUUUACAGGACUCGCUGCACUCCAUGGACGAGGCGGAUUCAUGUUGUUUACUCUGAUUUCCGCCGGCUGACGGAUCUCCAAGUUUGCGCAUGUUUGGAGGUUUUUCCUCUUUCAGGUCGCAGUGAAAAGCUACUGGGUGAAGAGGUAAACGCCAGUUCACUCCAGUCACUGUGCAUUCGACAUUACUGGUGUUUACACUGCACGCGGGCUGAGUCACUGGAUACGUCACUGACCCCCCAGCAAAGCACGAGCCAGCACACUGAACUGAGGAGCUCAUGUUAAAGGUGGUUCAUAUUUCUGUGUGUAUAUAGUAGACUAAUAUAUAAUUCCAAUAACAUCAUGAUUGGCUCUCCAGACUUGCUGGCUUUCACGACAGAGACCGAUUUCUUGGAACAAUCCACAGAAUCGCUUGGACUUCCAGCUGAUCUGUCCGUUCCUCUUUAUUCAUGCUCGGAGGAAGCCUCGCCAUGGUCAAAGACAUCCAGCGUUAGCUUCAGUAAGGAUUUUAUUCUUAUAUCAGAGUUCUCUGAGCAAGUGGGUCCCCAGCCGUUACUAACCAUUCCAGACGAAACCAAGGCGUGUGGCUCGUUCGAUCUGAAUCACUUCUCGCUCAGGAUAAUGUCCGUGGACUAUCAGACCACGUUCGCAGGCCCUGCCGGUUGUGGACAUCCUAAACUGAACUUUGUAGAAGACUCAAAAGUGGUGCUGGGGGAUUCUAGAGAAGGAGCCUACGCCUAUGUUCACCACUUAACGCUGUACGAUCUGGAGGCUCGGGGGUUUGUCCGGCCGUUCUGCAUGGCCUACGUUUCCUCUGAAGAGGAAAAAAUCAUGCAUUGUUUCCGGCAACUGUCAGCAGAGUUCUCCAAGGCUUCUGAGUGUCUGAAGACUGGAAAUAGGAAGAACUUUGCCAACGAAGUGGACAAAAAACUUUCAGACUUGGAGUAUACUAGAUUAAUACUGCUGAGGGAGAUAAACAGAGAUAGGCUAAGUAAAUUAAAAGCUGGCGAGCAGAACGGAAUGGGAACGAAGACGAACAGUGGAGCUACAAGGGAAAUGGAAAAGAACGAUAACAGGAACAGUGAAUUGCUGCUGACCACAAAAGAAGAGGAAUUGAAAGAGAAACAAAGAUGUAUAUUGUCAUUUAUGGAAGCUGAUAAAAACAACAGCAUGCCAGGGUCUGAUAAAAAGGGAAAUGAACCAGAAUGUGACUUGGUUGUUAUGAGCAAUCAAAAUGAAAAUAACAGAUCAGAAAAAGAUCAAGUAUUUGAGCAGCCUAAGGAAACAAAGGAAGGUCAAAGUGCAACAUGUCAGUCAGUCAUGUGGGCUAAUAAAGCGGAUGAGUUGGCUCAUGUGGAAAAAGCCAUCCAGGAACACAGAAGUCUUUUGAAACAAAUCACCUCGUAUCCGAACAGGAAGAUCAGAGACCCAGAGUUCUUGCCAUAUGAACCAGACGAUACCUUUCAUUCUCUGGAGUCUGACCUCGAUCCCAACAUACUGUAUUAUUCCCAGAGCCCAGAGUCAGUGGAGGAAUGCAGCGAUUGCUCACGUGCAAAUUCACGCACUCCGCAACUGGUGAGCUCAAGCAUGUGUCGACAGUUUGACAAGCGUCUGAAGAAUCUGGAUGAGCUGUGUGACGAGUACUUCCUGCAGCAGGCGCUGAAACAGCUCCGCGCCAUUGAGAAGAGUUUUCGUGGUGACAAUAGUUACCUACUCUCACAGCAACGGACUCAAAACUUGCUCGAUCACCUGAAGUCCACUAACUUCCUAUUUGAAGAUUUGUGUGACCUGGAGGCAGAGAAAGGUCAGCAGUUAUCCAGACUUCAACCUCGGUCAGCGGUGAUUCUUCCUGUUUCCCCACUACAGAGUGAACCUGUAAGUCUAGACUCUUACACGUCAUGUGUGGAAAUGGUGCCAAUCAGGCUUGAGCUCCACAGAAAUGGACCUGACUCUGUUCCAACCUCGCCAUAUGAUGACCUGCCUUUGACACCAAACUUCUCAAAUGAAGGCACCUGCAAGAUUGAGGAAGCUUCCUCACCGAUGAAGGAUAGCAUAAGCAGUGGAGAGAGUAUUGAGGUGCUCGGAACGGAGAAGUUCUUUAGAACCCAAGGCCCUAUUUAUACCAUGGAAACUGUUUCACAGAGACCAACAGCGUUCCCUGCAGCCACCUUUGAAGGACGAAAAAGGAGAGUAGUCACUCGACGGGAAAACAGCGAGGACAGCAUUGAGGUGCUUAGCACUACAGAUUCUAUCAUACCAGAUGAUUUGAGGGCCUCAUACCCUUCUGCCAUCUAUGAGGAGACCCCAGAGCAUGGAGGAGAAGAGAAUGACUGUACACGCAGUGCUGAAGAUGUUUUGGUUCAGUGCAAAGAAAAACGCCAGGAAUGCCUGAGCUCCUCUAGCACCUCUACUAUAGUCAUAAACCCACCAGAUCCCCACAUGACCUUGGACUUGUGUCCUUUUGGUGCCCAUUCUCCUCUAAGUGAGCCAGGCUCUCUCCAAGACAGGUCUUUCCUAUCUACACCAGAUGAUUUCUCAGAUUGCACCAGUUACUGGAGCCUUGGCUCCAUAGGCUCUACACUAUCUCUCGAUCUCCGUGGGGAAAAAAGUACAGCCGGGAGUCGGAGAAAGCGCGCCAGGUUGGGACGGGCCGCUCUGAAUUUCCUACGCCAGUUUCCGUUCGCUGUGCACGCCGUGUUUAGCCUGCUGAGUGGCCGAACAGUGGUGGUGCUGGGCAGCGAGGAACGAGUGGUUAGACGCUUGGUCACAGCACUGACCAUGUACACUCCUCAUCUAGGGAGGUCCAGAGGAAACAUCCAGCCCUGGACUUCGAGCGCUUUGCAGAUUACUGACCUGCUAACCUGGAAACUCAUCGGCUACAACAGAUUGGCUCUUCCUUCAUCUCCCAGCAUGCCACCUUGCCUAGUUCGCUUUAGCCGGUACCUCAGUGUACUGGAUGUGGACCAGAAGGCCUUACGCUGCCCGGCCUAUAAAGGUUCUCUGAUUUGUCCAUUGGUGGACGCAAGGACUCACACCAUGCGUGGUAGCACCUACUUCCUGUAUUCACAGAGUAUAAUCAGCCAGCUUGUGUCUAGAGCUUUCCUUCUCACAUUCUCUCAGCAUCCCAGCGUGGAGGUCAGGCCUGAGAACAUCCUCGGCGAGUUCCAUAAGGAUGAUCUGAAGAUCCUCCACUACCUUUCAGAGCUCAUCACACAACACGUGACGGGAACCUCGCCCACGGUCCUACGAUUCAGCUACACCGCUAGCACGGUUUUCAAAAUCUGACACUGAAAAUGACACAACACAGUUAUACUGCUGCUAACCUAGCGGUUCUCCAAGCGGGGUUCCGUGGGGUCUGUGAGUUUUGUUACGCUGGUGGAAAUCACAAACCACUAUUAUCAAACUUAUUUUAAGUAUGUUUAUUUAUUGAUUUUUAGACUGUUUAACCUCAGUAACGCAAAAACACGAAGUCAGCUUAGACCUCAUGUAGCCUAAACUACAGAUUCUACGGAGUCUGUAGUAUUUAUUUUCAAGUUAAAAAAGUCUCUAGCUGCAAAAAGUUUGAGAACCCCAGGUCUAGCAAUCAUCUGAUUGUCAGUGUGUUCACUUUACUGCUUUUAAGUUAUCCUUAAUUAGAAAAAAAAAAAAAUCAUUAGGACAGUGGUGUUGUAUGCUUGGAUGGUAUUCUGCCCCACUUUCUCACACAGUGAUCUCAGUGUAAAUAGCAGUGCACACAGAAAAGGCCAAAAACUGUAAUUGGAGUAAUCCUAAAUCCCCAAAUCCACAUAUCCUUGUGAUUAUUUUAUUGACUGCCAGAACGGAUGGACAUGUGCCUGUGGUGUCGGGAAAAGCUCCUAUUGCAGCACCUUUAAUGAACUUUAAGAGUUUUGAACACAUUUUGUGCUGUUGAGAUAAUUCACUGAAUGAACAGCACACCAGCACUGCUUAGGGCAUGAAUUUAUUAGGAACAUCUGUACACCUGUUCUUGCGUCCAAAUAUCCAAUCAGCCAAUCACGCGGCAGCAGAGAAAUGCACAAACUCAUACAGAUACACCUCAAGAGCUUCAGAUCCAGUACUGGGCCAGGUGAUGUUCUCCAAUCUUCAGGUUUUGGUGUGGAUUCUUGUUCUUGGCUGGAACCCGAUGUGGUUUUCUGCUCUUGUAGCCCAUCUGCCCCAAGCUUCGGCAUGUUGUGUGUUCUGAGAUGCUUUUCUGCUCAGCACAGCUGUACAGAGUAGCUAUUUAAGCUACCGUAGCCUUCCUGUCAGGCCAUUCUCUUGUAGACUCGCUAGAGACUUGUACAUGAAAAUCCCAGGACAUCAGCAGUUUCUGAAACACUCACAGCAUCCCAUCUGGCACCAGCAAACCAUUGGUCAAAGUCACCGAGAGUCACCAAAGUCACAUUUUUUUCCACGUUAACCGAACUUGUAUCUGCAUGAUGUUUUGCAUUGUGCUGCUGCUACCUGAUUGGCUGAUUGGAUAAGUGCAUGAAUGAGCAGGUGAACAAGCGUACAGCGUCUCCAUUAAAGUGUCUGAGUUUAAAUCACACGUUAUGAUACUGAACCAUUUCUUCAACGUUGCAUGUUUAGAGAAAAUUACGUGAAUGUGAAAUACAAGAGGACACGCAUGUCUAGCUUUUAAACUGCACAUCAAUGAAAGAAUGUUCUAAUAUUUAAUGGCCCUGAAGUUUCAGAAGUGAAGAAAAUACUGCUGUGUUAAAGUGUUGUAGACUUUACACUGCACCAAGAGCAGUUCAGUGUGAAUGUGUAAAUAAACGGGAAAGUACUUUGUCAGAAGUUUUAAUGUAUUAUUAUUAUUUUUUUUAAAUAUGAGAGCAUAUUUAAAUAAAGAGUGCCUUGUUUUUAAUGCUGUGAACUGACUGCAAAAUGGAUUUUAUAAAGGAUGAAAUCUCUGA